CACCCCUAAAAAUCAUGUAACAUGGUACGCUCCCCGAUCCAUCCAGUUCUCUUUAGUGUUUGCCAAUGUUGGAGGUGUAACUGGGGUCCGGCCCUGGAUAAAGGAAUAGAGCAUGGCUCAAGUGAAAGUGCAGACCUCAGUACCCCUGGCUGGUCCUGGCCCCUCCCCCGCCGGAGCGCCCCCCGCGGCUAUGGCCAGCCCCGGAUCCCUGGGUCUGCAGCAGCCCUCCGUCAAUGGCACAGGCCCGGCCCCCGCAGCCGGCUGCCUCCCUCCCUCAGUCGGAUACGGGGACGACCCUGUGCCUGCCUCAUCACCAGGCCCGCCCCAGGAGAACAUGGCAAACCCUAAAGAGAAAACUCCAAUGUGUUUGGUGAAUGAGUUAGCCCGUUUCAACCGGAUCCAGCCGCAGUACAAGCUCCUCAACGAACGGGGGCCAGCCCACGCCAAGGUGUUCACCGUGCAGCUCUCUCUGGGGGAGCAGGUGUGGGAGGCGGAGGGCACCAGCAUCAAGAAGGCCCAGCACACCACGGCCUCCACGGCCCUGACCGACAGCCUGCUGCCCCGGCCCGCGGCCCGCUGCCCCAAGGUGGACAUCAACAGCAACCCAGGCAGUAUAACCCCACAGUGGAGCUGAACGGCCCUGGCCAUGAAGAGAGGGGAGCCUGCUAUCUACCGGCCCCUGGACCCCAAGCCCAUGCCCACUACCGGGCCAACUACAACUUCAGAGGGAUGUUCAA